AUGAGCUCUUACAACCCUCACGAUGACAGCAUUGGGCCUUUUGACGUGGAUCCCAAUCAAAAACCCCCGAGCAAGGUUCCAGGUAGGACACCUUCUCUCUUUCCAAUGACUAUUCAGCAGUUCCAGGCUAGCCGUGCUGAUUUCGUGGCCAAACUCAAGGACUGGCGCGAAGGCACUUCGGGAAAGACCCCCCCGCAAAUGGCCGAGAUCCUUGAGUACAUGGCAGAUGAUAUUGAUCACUUCAAGACUGCCAUGAUUCCCAACGUGACUAGAGCCUGCUUCACUACCAAGUGUGAUUACAUUAAGCACGAAGUCUUGCGGUUGAUCGAGAGGCUCAAGGGUAGCACGGAAUUGGGCCUCGAGACCGAGGAGUAUAUGGCUUACCUUGGCAGCGCUAUCCGUAGACUCGCACUCGAAGAUGACGAUGACGUCGAAGCGGUGAAUGAGACUUUUAGAUUUGUCCGCAUCCAUGAGCGUCAUGUAUGGGAUAUGCCUGAAUUUGGUUUUACUAAAGAAGCCGAGGCACUGCGCACUAGGCUCUGGACCGUCUAUAUCAACCUCAACUACUCGAGGGCGGGUUGUGGCUGUUUCCAGUGCAAGAUGGUCUGGGAUAAGAAAGCACCUAAGCAGGAGGACUGA